AUGGAGUUACAAGUAUUGAAAGGUGUAAACCUCUACAUUGCCCUCGGGGCUGUAGCCACCCUUUGGGUGCUCACCAAACUCAUCACAGUCUUCCGCAACCCCAUCUCAAAAGUACCUGGUCCCUGGUACACGCAUUUCACAGCCCUGCCGAACCAAAUGUCCAUGUUCAAGGGUUUCACGCCCGGGCAUGCCCACAAGCUGCACCAAAAAUAUGGCCGCAUCGUCCGCACUGCGCCCAACGAGAUUAGCAUCGCCGAGAUCGACGACAUCAAGAAGGUUUACGGCCACAAGGAGACCUUCCUCAAGCACCCCGCCUACCGCGCUCUCGCGCCCAGCAGGGUCGACUCCAUGUUCAACACUAGCGACGUUGAUCUGCACCGCCGCUACCGCCGCCUCUUAGCCUCGCCCAUGUCCGAGUCCUCCCUCAAGACCGCCAUCCCCGACGUCUACUCCCGCGCCACCGCCGCCGUCUACCGUAUGGGUGAGGAGCUCCAGGCCCGCGGCUCCAUUGACGUCUACAAGUGGUGGUUUUUCUUCACCACCGACACCCUCGGCGAGCUGACGUUUGGUUCUUCGUUCAACAUGAUUGAGAGCGGCAAGAAGAACCAAUACUUUGAGGAUAUCCUAGCUGUCAACAAAUUUGGCGGUAUCCGUCUGCUUGUUCCCGGUCUUACCAAGCUCGCCCAGUACAUCACCAUCCCCAUUGUCGACAAUGCCGUCGAGGGCGGCAAGCGCAUGCGCAACUACGCCCAGCAGUCGAUUGCCCGCCAGAAGGAGGCCGUGCUCUCGGGCGACGAAAAGGCCAAGGACACGCUCUUCUCCAAGGUCUUCAAGGCCAAGGACGACGACACGCUGACCGAGGAGGAGGUCACUGUCAACGCGCAGACCUACAUUGUCGCCGGCUCCGACACGACCAGCAACACCCUGACUUACCUGACCUGGGCCGUCUCCCGCCGGCCCGAGAUCCGCGACCGCCUCGCCGCCGAGGUGGCCACGCUGCCCGACGACUUCACCGAGGCCGACACGCGCGAGCUGCGCUACCUCGAGCAGGUCAUCACCGAGACGAUGCGACUGCACGCCGCCGCCCCCUGCUCGCUCGCCCGGGUCGUGCCCCCCGAGGGCGUCAGCCUCUCCGGCUACUACAUCGAGGGCGGCACCACCGUCGGCUGCCAGGGCUACACCAUGCACCGCGAUCAGGAUAUCUUCCCCCAGCCCGACGAGUUUAACCCCGACCGCUGGGAGAACCCCACAAAGGCCAUGAAGGAGGCCUACAUGCCCUUUGGCCGUGGCGCCAGAACUUGUGUCGGCUCUCACCUCGCCAUGAUCGAGAUUCGUCUUGGAGUUUGCCUGUUUUUCCGCAAAUUCCCCAAGUCUACGGUUUCCGUGAAGGAGGGCAUGUCAGACGCUGACAUGGAGUCCAAGAUCUACUUCCUCAAUAGCCCUGCUGGCAAGCGCUGCCUCAUCGAGGGUUGA